GUUUCUGUUCACUUUAAUGUGUUUUUUUUUCGAGUUGAAUUCGGAUUGAACUGUGUAACAGUGUGUAGUAUCGAUUUAUAACAUGUUCUAAUGUGGUUUUAAUUUAAAACUGACCGUAUAACCGCUGUUAGCUCUCAGGCUAAAGCUAUAGCCGCAGGCAGGUGUGUACAGGUGAGAGGCUGGUGUUUACAGGAGUGAUAAAGAGUGUUCAGACGGGUUAGGGGUGAUUUCGGGGUGAUUUUUCGGAGUGUAACGCUGAUAGAGGAGAGUGGGAGGGUUUGGAGUGAGUUUUUAAAGCUGUUUAAAACAGCGGCGUCGGUGCAGACGGCUGAUGACCCGCGGUCCCGGACCCGCAGUACCGAGAUGGGCGAGUGGUGGACCCCGCCCAUGAUGCCGGACCCCUCCCUGGGUUCUAAUAACUUUCGCUCUGUUUCUCCUAAAGACACUAAAGAACUCUCCAGCAUUUCCCACAUUAGCUCCGCCUCCACCUCCGCCUCGGCUCCGCCCAAACACUCCUACAGCGUCCUCCACGCCUUCUGCACCGAGGAGAACAUCUCCCAGUGCAUCUCCUACAUCAACCAGGAGGUGAGCUCUGUGGGGCUGGGUGGGGUGCGUGUGGACGGCGGGGGGACGGGGGUGCGUGUGGACGGCGGGGGGACGGGGGUGUCUCUGGACGCUGUAUCGGUGCUGAAUCUGCUGUAUGAGCUGCUGCAGCUGAACAGGAGGAAACAGCGCCACCUGCAGGAACUCGAGACCCAACAACUGAAAAACUGCAACAACCUGGAGCACCUGCAGAACAACAACUCCAGACUGAAGGAUCAGCUGGAGCACUCUAGAAGAGAGAACUCUGGUCUGCAUGAGGGAGAACGGCAGCUCCAUCUGAAGAUCAGAACUCUGCAGAGCUGCCUGAAGUCUGAGAAAGAGGAGGUGCAAAAACUUCAGAACAUAAUCGCCAGCCGUGCCACACAGUAUACCCACGAUGCCAAGCGCAAGGAGAGGGAGAGUGCCAAACUGAAGGAGAGGCUGAACCAGCUGCUGGUGGACAAGCGGGACAAAAAACUCACGAUCGAAGUGGCCAACUGUGUGAGUCGCUCUGACGGAAAGAGAGGUUUGUGGAAAACGGGGAAGAUGGAGGCCAGGCACGAGGGGGAGAUGUAUAAAGCCCUGCUGAGUGACUACGAGGCGAGACAGCGGGGACUCAUGCAGGAGAACUCUGAGCUGAAGAAGCUCCUGCAGCACAUGAAGAAGGACAUGAUGUCCAUACUGAGCCCAAAGAAGGCCCACGACAAAGCCCCGCCCACUGACGACAGCAGCAGCAAAGCCCCGCCCAUAGACGACAGCCUGGAGCAGGCUGUGUCUGAGACGGAGGAGGACGGGGACGAGUGCAGCAGGGACGCUCUGGAGCAGGUGUGCGGUCCUGCCCGAGAGCAGCUGACCAACAGCAUCCGUCUGCAGUGGAGACGCCUGAAGAACCACAUGCAGAGACUCGACAGCCAGGCAUCGUUGGCUGUGAGUCAGGAGGAGGUGAUCUCUGUUGGAGAGCAUGAGGAGGCGAUGCAGCGCAUGAGAGCAGAACUGCAGCAGUGUACCGAAUUCAUACAGACCCAACAACAACUCCUGCAGCAGCAGCUGAGCUCCCCGGGUGACGAGGACAUGGCCGCUCUGCUGAACGACAGAUACACGCUGGAGGAGAAGGAGCGUCUGAAGGAGGAGUGGAGGCUCUUCCAGGAGCAGAAGAGGAACUUCGAGAGAGAGAGGAAGAACUUCACCGAAGCUGCAAUACGCCUCGGCCACGAGAGGAAAGCGUUUGAGGAGGAUCGCGCCGUGUGGCUGAAGACCCAGUUUUUGAACAUGACUCCGUUUGUGGACCGGAAGAGACCCGCGGUGUCGGAGUCUCGCAGUGCCUUUUCUAUUAAUACGGAGCCUGAAGCCAAAGUGCUGUCCACUCCAGCUGCCCCGAACAGAACCAUCCAACACUCGGGAUUUACCCCCAAAACACCUGCCCCAACUCACCUGCCCUCUACUGCCGAACUCUACCGCACCAUUCAGCUCAUCCCAGACUCCAGGACUCCGGGGAGGCGGGGGAGUAACGGCCUCCAGAGCGGCGACACUUUAACCAAAUCCCGUCUGAGGAAAAGCGUCACCGACUGCAGCAUCUUCUCCCUGCUGAGAGACGAGAACAGCGCCGCCUAGAGGCCCCGCAGUGUUCCUACCGUACACACUUCAGCUGUAGGAUCUGGGGGCGGGAGAUGGUAAUGGGGGCGGGGUUUAAUCCCGCAGUGGUGAUGUUUACCUCCUGAUGAUUCUCUCUGAUCAUUAAGUGUCGCACAAUCAGAACCAGCACUUUAAUUAAAGACGCCAACAGUGUAAAAUCAUCACAUUUCAUCAUUGCAGAGUUUUAUAUCAUUCCUUUUAUAUUUAAUAAUAAUCUAGAACAGAACUUAUAAUAUUUUUCUGCCGUUGCUGUGUCGCUAAAGAGCCAAUAGAGAACUAGUGGAGAUCUUAAUGCUGAUUUUGUAUGAAUUAUUAUUUGAAUGUUUGUAGUUGUGAUUGUAGAAAUUCUAAAGCUGUUUUUGUUGAGUGUAUUUUUGUUUUUUUAGGACAGACUGGUGAUUGUUGUCUGGUUUCCGUUAUUUGUGUAGACGGGUGAUGAAUAUUUUUGUGGUUGAUCCACAGCCUGGUUUUUAGGGCCCAAUUUCAGCUGCUGGAACAAAUCAAUGCAAUAAAGUUUAAAGUAAAUAUUUAAAACUGUA